AUGUUUAAAUCAUCUCGCGCAGAUUAUCACGGCUGGUUAGAAUUCAAAGAAAAUGCCCUUCCUAGCAAUAUAUUCGGCUACCUACUCGUCCAAUACUUCCUCCGGUAUUUCAAAAGCAAACCUUUCGAUACUGCAUGCUACGAUGACCCCAACGAGAUUGAAAAGUGCGGGGCACUUGGCCAACGGAGCUUUUUGAAACAACCAUUACCAAACCGAGAAGGUCCUAGACCUGAGAAGAGCAAAUGGGUAGUGCCCCACAGGCAGAUCAAUCAAUUCGGUGAAAAUGAUAUGCACAAACUAAUCGAUCAAACCAUUAUCGACCUAGCCAAAACUUAUCCUGACCACGUAAUUCUGACUACAUCUGUCCUCGAAAAACACGGCGACGCCCUCUUAAUCGCAAACAAAGUUCCGACACCUCAUCUCCCAGCACGGAAGACGAAACGAGAGAUAGCACAUGUCCAUACAGAGGGAAAAAAUGUGGAUUAUUCAAUGCACGCAGUACUCUCACCUAAGGAUUGCAAAGAUGUGAUUGAGAAGGGAUGGGGUGAAAGAAUGACCUUGGCUGGCACAUUAAAGAUGCCUGCGGAAUAUCUGAUGAUAUAUACUCCGAGAACAGAAUUGGAAUUGAAGAUUGUGAGAGAUAUCUUAGAGGCUGCGGUUGGGUUUAUGACUGGUGCGACGAGACCUGUGGGAGAGUAG